CUCUAUCUGUUUUGGUUUAGAAUUUGGUGAAAUUUCUUUUUGUCAUUUCCAGUUACGGUUGAUUUUUCUUUAUCUAUUCUCUUUAUAUCUUGAUAAAGUAUGUUGAUUCUUCCGUUUGUUUAUUUACACUGUGCUUGUUAAUUGUUUCCGAAUAUUUUGUGAAUCAAAUGAACUGUAUAAUUUUUAUUUCUCAAUAUCUGAGUUUCGACAUGUGAUUUUGGAACGAAUGCAUUUUUUUUAAAUGCUUUUUUUAUGAAUAAUUUAUUGAUGCACUUGAAUGUUGGGUUUUCGGUGUAAUACUGGAAUACGUUACUGUUUUCUCUCUUCAUUUUAAUAGAACAUGCUUAUGCUAUCUAUUUUUUUUUUGUUAAUUAGUUACUGAUAUUGGUCUAAUUGUCUUCAUAUGCUGUGGAGUUUCCAUCUGACCUGAGUUAUUUGUGUUGUGAAGAUGCUAGUGAUAGGGUAAUAAUACCAGUUUAAGUUUUAGAGACCUCAGUCCUGGAACUUAGGAACGAUCAUGAUAGAUACUGUCUUAGCUUCAGCAAGUUUUUGAAUGAUCUGUUCAAUGGUUUGUGCUUUUGAGAUAUGUAGAACAAUUUUCAGAUGAUAAAUCAGUUUUGCAGCUUUUUACUUAUUAGCAAAUAGGGUUUCAUUUAAGCUGGUAAGUAAUUUCUCCUUGCAUUUUGAGGUGAUUCUGUUUUUGGUCACUUCAUACUAGUAGCAUGGUGACCCUAUUGUUUCAAUUUAAGCAUUAUUAAAAAUUAAUGGGCUUAAAGUACUACAGAAUUUGUUUCAACGCUAGUAGUAAAUGUAACUGAUGUUUCCUUCUUUGCUAACUAUCAACUUAGCACACAAUUAUUUGGACUUCGAAGGAAUUCUCUAUGCAAUUUUAAGCUUGUUUCCGAUAUUUGCACUAGGAUUGCUGUUACUGCAAACUUCCUGUUAUUGAGGAUUGCUUUAUUUACUUGGUUGGUCAAGUGAGUUGAGGAGUCUUUCAGUGCAGGUUUGUAUUUAGUCAGUCAUGCUGGUUAGCAUUUGCAUUUUCUUACAUGCAAUUAUCCAAGGGCAUUGGAAGUAAAGUUGAAGCAUCUUAUUCCUCUUUGGGAAUGCACGCCUAAUAAUUAUCUACAGAUAUGUGCUUUGCAUAUUGAUUUUUUUUUGUCUCAAACCAUUGAUAAAGUGAAUAUUUUUGGUAAAAAUGGAUCUGAACCCCAUUAAAGACGCAUUUGCUCACAUUGCAAAGAGGCAAAAGCUGUCCAGUUCUAAAGCUGAAGAAGCGAUUGACCAGGUUAUGCAAGAAAUUGAAAAGGCAUUGGAAAUAUUAGAGUCUAGUGACUCCAGCUCUGAAUUUGUCUAUAAAUCUGCUAUUGGUGAGCUUAAGAAAAAGCUGCAAGAUAUUUCUCCCAUCAGUCAGCUGGAAGGCACACAGAAGGAACUGAAUAUGGCCCUGAGCAAGUAUCCAAAGCAACUCGAGAAAUCUUUCCACCCGGACAUCUCCAAGACAUGCAGAAAUAUCGGCUUUGAUGUCCACACAGUCAACCAAGUAAUUGGAAGGCAUUUCUACCGACUUGGAUUAUUUAGUAUUGGUGACUGCUUCAUAAAUGAGGCCAAGGAAUCUGAAUCUACUGUUACUGUGCGAUCCAUGUUCUCAGAAAUGUAUCUAAUAGUAGAAGCUAUGAAGGAUCGAAACCUAGAGCCUGCAAUAAAGUGGGCUGCUGCCAACUCUAAUAAGCUUAAAGAAAAUGGUUCAGACCUUCAGCUGAAACUUCAUCGCUUGCAGUUUCUGGAAAUACUGCAAAAUGGACGUAGAGGUGAAUCUCUCACAUAUGCCAGAACUCAUUUUGCUCCUUUUGCAGCCAACCAUUUUGGUGAAAUUCAGAAACUCAUGGCCUGCCUCCUGUGGUCUGGUAAGCUUGAUCACUCCCCUUAUUCCGAAUUUCUGUCUCCCGCUAACUGGAACAGAGUGGCUGACGAGCUAACUAGGCAAUUCUGCUAUCUUCUGGGGCAGUCUUUUGAAAGCCCAUUGAGUGUGACAAUAGCAGCAGGGUUUCAAGGGUUACCGCCUCUUCUGAAGUUUAUGAACGUAAUGGCGGGCAAGAAGCUCGAAUGGCAGUCAAUGAAGCAGUUGCCGGUGCCCAUGGAGCUUGAUAAAGAAUUUCAGUUCCAUCCGAUCUUCGUGUGUCCAGUAUCUAAGGAGCAAUCGUCUGAUGAGAAUCCCCCAAUGUUGAUGUCCUGUGGCCACGUACUCUGCAAACAAUCUGUCAAUAAGAUGUCAAAGAACAGCUCCAAAACCUUCAAGUGCCCGUACUGUCCAUCUGAUAUCGACGCAGCGCAGUGUAGGCAGCUGUAUUUCUGAAUCGUAGUCCAUUUGUACAUUGAAAUGUAUUGAUCUCUCUCUUUAGAUAUAUGAAAAUUGUGUAGAAGCUGAUGAUGGUGUAUUGUGUAGCCAAGGGCAUGCUGAGGGUGACAAAGCUGGGCCAUUGUUGUACUGUUUGGUUGAUGCAUUUGUGGUAAAUAGACAUUCUUUGCAGAUUUAUAUUGGGAAUGGAAAACUAGUUCCGGUACA